AUGACUGAGAAGCUGGUGGGCGGAGAUGAAGUCGUUGAGAGCAUAUUACUCAAGCUUGGGGUUGCCGAGGUAGAACUAGAGGUGAACAGCGAUGAUACAGAUGAAAACGGGCUCGACGGUGUCGCCGUGAGACUGUUGGUAGACGAAGCUCCUACUGGUGAUGGAGCACUAGCUAUUGUCGAACUGGACAGGGACAACGUAGAGGAUGAUGGAAAGCUGGCGGCCGUAGAUGCGCUUGCUGUGGAUGAAAUAGUCGAUGACGAGCUUACGUUUGAAGUUGGUAGUGGGGACAUGGGCGAUAGCGUUGAGGAUAACAUGGUUGUAGUUGAGAUAGACGAUGUGGGUAUACUAGAGUGGGAUGAAGAGGAGCUUGUUGACGUACCAGGAGAAGAUGUUGUGGUAUCGGAUGAUGUUUUCGAGAGAAAUGUUGGGGUUGAUAAAGAAGAUGAGCUCGAAAAAGACGAAGAGAUCAAUGAAGUCGAUGAUGAAGACAUGGUAGUGGUUGUUGUGGAGGUGGUUGUUGUGGAAGUGGCUGCUGUGGAAGAAGUGGUCGUGGAAGACGUGGCCGUAGUCGAUGUCCUUGUACAACCAGCCCCAGGCGACACUACAACAGGGCUGUAG